AUGAUCGCGUUCCAAGCUAUCGCUGGAGACGACAUGACCGUGCUGCACGAGGAGCUGGCCCUGCUUCAAGAUGGGCUAGGAUCGCUCCUCAGCGCUCGGCGCGCCUACGAUGCCCUCGAGGACCGCAUCCCUGUCCUCGCAAACGUAGUCCAAGUGGGCGCCAAAGACCUAGAGGCUCAGCUUCGCCGCGUGGGAAAGUCCUUCGAGGGUAGGUCUAAGUCCCCAGAGGUGUUAGGUGCGAUUCAGGCCGCAGAGACAGGCCUCAAGAUUGCCGCAGACGCUAUCAAGCAGUGCGCAAGCCUACCUACCAUGAGAGGUAAAGAUGAGGCCCUAGACUCAAAGCGCCAAACCGCGUCGUCUGGUCGUAAAGACAGUAUAGGUGUCGAUGGCUCCAUCGAAGAGCGGAAGUCCAAGACCAAGACCUGGCUUCGCCGUGCAGCCGACGAGAGUGAGGACGAGGACGAGGAUAAGGACCAGGGCCCGGUCGAGGAGAGUGACAAGGCUAGGGCCUCCUCGCGCAAGAAGACUAAGGUGCAGAAUGAUUCCGAUGAAGACGAGGAGCAGGUCUCGAAGCAUGCGAAGAAGGCAGCCCCACCGAAGACCACGACCAAGACCAAGCCUGCGUCGAAAGAGGUGAAAGCUAAGGCCCCGAAGCCUAGAAAGAGCAAGAAGUCCACUGCUGCCACCAACAAGGGUCAAUCCGAUGCAGACGAAGAAGACGUCCACGAGCGUCUGAAGAAGCUCGAGCAAGGAAAAGCGACGACCAAGCCUAAGUCUACCUCGAAAGAGGCCAAGCACGAGGCCCUGAAGACCAAGAAGACGAAGAAGAAGCAUACGAAGACCAAGACUGAGUCUUCCUCUGAGUCCUCCUCGGAGGCUUCAUCCGAGUCAUCUUCAGAGUCCUCUGCAGAAUCCUCGUCUGAGUCUGAAGACGAAGAACCCCAGGAGAAGAAGACGAAGCAGAAGUCCAACCCCUCGAAGACCACGACCAAGGCGAAGAACGGAGCCUCAGCCAAGUCCAAGCACACUGCCCAGCGUCCAGUCUCCGAGUCAAACGAAGAGGUUGAGAGUCCUGCAGUCAAGCAGAUCAAGGUGAAGAAGGAGGCUCUGUCCACGUCCAAGUCCACUUCCAAGCGCCCAGUUUCCGCAUCAGACGAAGAGAUUGAGAGUCCUGCAGCCAAGAAGAGCAAGGUGAAGAAGGAGGUCUUGUCCAAGUCGGCCGCUAAGCGUUCCGCCUCAGUGGCAGACGAAGAGAGUGACCAGCCUCCAGCCAAGAAGCAGAAGGCCAAGUCCAAGAAACCUGCAGAGCCGAUCGCCACCCCCGAACCCUUCGCUCGCCGCCGUAUGCAGGGCGCAGAGGAUCAAGACUCUCGCACCAAGUCGACCAAGACCAAGCCCUCGUCCAAAGUCAAGCAGGAGGAGGUGGUGGUGUUGAGCUCCAAUAACCCAUCCUCCGAGCCUGAGGACGAAGUAGUCAUCACCGAGACGCCUCCAAGAUCUCGUGGAGAUCAGAGAAACAGAGGUAGUCGUAGCGUCCACGGCGUGGGUCAUGGCAGCGGAAGAACACCGGUGAACACCCCACCACCAAGCUCUGCCGUCAAGAACAAGGGCACGCCCAGCAGCAAGAGUAAGGGUGGUCGCUGA